AUGCUUCUGGAUACUUUUUAUCAUAUCCGAGCAGCUAGAGUUUGUUCCUGUGCUCUUUGGAUGAUAGGAGAGUAUUGCCUAUCUCUAUUAGAUGUUGAGAGUGGCAUUGCAACCAUAAAUCAGUGCCUUGGAGACCUAUCCUUUUUCAAUUUCAGAAGAAGCGAAGGUCAUUGGCUCUACAAAGAAUCCGAGCAGGCAAACUCUAUUACCGUUUCAUCUAAAAGGCCAGCUAUCCUUAUUGAUGGGAUGUAUGCAACUCAAAGUGCUGCCUCUGAAACUACUUUCUCCCCUCAAAACUGUAGUUCAGGGAUAGUUAUUGAGUUAGGGAUUACCCAUCCUUUACUCAUAUAUUUCUUCAUACUGAAAUUAUUGAAUUAA